CGUCUCUAUCCGUGUGCCUGUGCGAGUGGCUACUGGAAGAGGCAGGUUUCAAAUGGUAUCUUGUAGAUAAGAAUUUGUUUAAAAUGCCUAUGAAAGGAAGGUUUCCGAUCAGGAGGACCCUGGAGUACCUGCAGAAGGGCGACAUCAUCUUUAAAAACAAAGUGAAGAUCAUGACGGUGAAUUACAACACACAUGGAGAGCUCAGCGACGGUGCAAGAAAGUUUGUGUUCUUCAAUAUUCCUCAGAUUCAGUACAGGAACCCGUGGGUCCAAAUAAUGAUGUUCAAAAAUAUGACACCGUCACCAUUCCUGAGGUUCUACCUGGAUGAUGGGGAGCAAGUACUAGUGGAUGUGGAAGGGAAGGACUACAAAAAAAUUUCACAUCAUGUUAAGAAGAUUUUAGGCAAAUCAGAAGAAGUGUUACAAGCUGAAGCCCGGGCCAAGAUGCAGGCCUCCAACCCCGCCAACUUUGGCCCAAAGAAGUACUGUCUGAGGGAGUGUAUCUGCGAGGUGGAGGGCCAGGUGCCGUGUCCUGGCACAAAGCCGCUGCCCAAGGAGAUGACGGGAAAAUAUCGAACCCAGAUGGCAGCGUCACAGGAGUAAGAGGCUGAAAAGGAGAGCAGAUUAUUGCUGAUUUUCCAGAUUAUAUUAUUAUUGUUAGGUCUGAUUUUGUACAAUUACAUAAAAAGACUGAGACAUUGCAUAUUUCAUUGUAAAUAUGCACAGGUGAAUGGGUACCACUAUUCUGGUUUAAGAUUCCUCAUUCAGAUGUGAGAAGACUGUAGCAAUGUGGACGAUUCAAAUAAAACCCAAAUUUGCCCGUGCCCGCUUUUCCGACUACAUGUAAGUUUAAAAAAGUGAUCAGUACCUUAAUAUUUUAAUGUGAGUGGCACGAGCAAGUUUAGAAUGAACAGACACAGUUACCAUAUUUGUGGGAAAAAAAGAGAGAAAUACAACCAUAUUUUCCUGCAGACAACUUUUUUUUUUAUUGGUGCCGAGAUGGAAUUUUUUAAAGUUAAUAAAUCAAUAUCUGUGUGUCCAAAACUUUAACUUUUUUGCAGUUAUUGUUUUAAAUACAGAGGUGUUAGUCAAAUUACUUCCAAAGCUAAAAUCAACUGCUAAUGUACAUUAAGAAGCUCCUCAAGUUAUUCACACUGUCACAAAACAUUUAGUGUCACAUGUUUUGCUUACAGUUGUCUGUGGAUGUCACAGGUAAGCAGUGUGACAUUAGCAGACAACACAAAACACUUCGGCCAAUGAAGAGAAAUAUGGACAGGUUGACAGACUGGAAUGCACAAAGAGACUGAUGUAAGCACAGACCUAGCAGCACUGUAAGUGAUAAUACUUGCUGGCAUUCAUGUAGUGUAAAUAUAUGUCUAAAAAUGUUGCUUUGACCUAAGGAUUUAGUCAUUUAAUUUCUGUACGCACUGAGAUUUUAGUGAAUUCUGGUGCCUUAUUUGUUGACGUAAAGUUGCCUACAGUGUCCCUUGGCAAAUAGUGUUUAGUAUGUACAUGGUGAGCACAGGACGAGCUGGCUGGAUGAACUUUCAGUGGACUUCUUAAAUGAAACUACUGAACAGAUAACAUGCUUUACAUACAUAUCUGUCUCAGCCAACGGUGACGUUUUGAGAAAUUUUAUCAGUUUCUUCCAAAUUUAUAAAGAAAAAAAAAAGGACAAAAUCAGGAACACAAGCUUGGCCACUAGCUCAACAGAGAGACGAGCAUCAAAACAGAACUUGGAA